GGGCAUGACCUCAGAAAGAACAAGGGUUACAUUCCAAAAUCUCUAAAAAUAUGACAUCUCCAGUUCUUUGAUUGGACAGCACGUUCAGAUACAAACAAGUGUCUACACUGAAAAUUCAUUCAUCAACUCGGGAUUGAUAUUCUACCUGAUACAUCGACCGCAGGGAGGAAACUACGUCAUUUGACGCCGAACUGAUAACUGAAUUAUUUUAUUGGUGAUAACAAGGACGAAGUAUGCCAAAAGGUUAUACAAACAAAUAUUUCGUCUGACCGUUGCACCGGCUACAAUGAACGAGCAUGAAAAAGUUCAGGUGCGUUUACCUCUUGUUCUUUUUUUUUUUUUUUUUUUUUUUUUGUAAGAGAAAACAAACCUCUUUCACAAAAGGAGACAUAUAUUACGUAAGGCGUUCUCAAUUGAUCAUGCAGACUUUCUUUCAUGCUGACCAUUCUAGAAUCACCUUGUGAGAGAACAUUAUGUUCCUCUCAUCGCGCGCCUAGCAUUUAUGGUUUGGACUAGAAACGUAUUGUCUACCAAUGUCAGGAAAAGGAAAAUUGGUUUACUCGAGUCUGUCUCGUACUGCCAUUCAUAGAGCAUUCAGAAAAUAGAAAAACAAAAUCAUACGCGUCAUUGACUGGCAAUAUCGCGUGGGAUGAAGUUUGAUCGGUGUGAAAUCAUGAAUCAAACGUCUGCUGUGGCAACUGCAACACCCCUGCCCCAUACAUAUAUUAUCCUGGGCCGUCCUUAAUCCGCUGUCAUUCAGCUACAAAUCAAUCAUUCAAAUAAAAUUACAUAUAUAAAUGCUUCAAUCCUUGAAAACACUUAGUUUGAAAAUAUUUUCUAACUAUUAUUAAACUCAAUAUAUAUAUGCACAUAUAUAUUGUGUUAAACUGUAACGAGGUGUUGUAUACAAUAUUUCUUUUAUAGAGAAGACCUUUGAAUGAAAGUAUGAAGGGGACAUUAGGAACUUUAAUUCUUGUCUACUGGAUGUGCUGCGCAUUUUCAUUACCACUGCAUUAUUUGAUCAAACGAAAUGUUUCACAUACAAAGAGAAAUUCAGAUUUUUUUGACGUUCUCGCAGACAACAUAUUUGAUAGUACUGCAAGGGGUCGACGAAGAAUUACACGAGAAGAUAUAACUGAAUAUUACAAACAAGAAUGGCAAUAUGAUGAAUAUAGAGCCUCUGAAAUCAGCCUGAGGUAUAUGGAAUGGGGUGACACGAAUGGCGACCAACAACUCACAAGAGAAGAACUGAAGAUAGCACUUCGGAACCAUGGUCCUGAUAUAUAAACAAGGUUCCACAUAACCAUUCCCUUUGGUUUUUGAUGUGUUCAUUUUGUUGGUGAUGUCACCGUUGCGUCAGUUCAUAGUCCUUGUCACGUGACACUCGUCAUCGUGUUCUCGCCACGCCCGUAAAGCUCUUCUUUUGUUUUUGCAUCGCAAUCUCGAUGAUUACUCCAUUUAGCAAAGUGGGCAGAGUGAUUUGAGGUGAAUUGUUUGUGAUAAGCGUACCUUUGAAUUGUCAGUUGCAGCAUUUGUCGCUCACGGUGGAACAUCUACCAAGAUAUGUGGAAGCGUAAUGCAAUACUGCAAUGAUUAAUAACCGUAGAAUAACAUCGAUAUAUCAUGCCAUUUAUAUGUUAAUAUCAUGUAUUGAUCAACGUACGGCAUUUUGUAUCAUUUUCAUUUUUUUUAAAUUCUUAGUAUGAUAUCCGUUAUUUGUUAGAAAUCUGUCGAUUUGUUUUUAUUUGUCCGACAGUAGAUCAUUCUUGUGGUAAUCGAACAUAUUUACCUUUUCAAACAUACAGAGAUACCUAGUUCAGCUUGGACAUUAACUCCAGUUAUUUGUUAUUAUUUUUGUUUCACUUGAGUUGAAGUGACGUCAUGUUAUGUUGUUAUAUAUUACAUCUGACACGUCGUCUAAACUGGACGAUGAGAAAUGUAUUUUUACUUGGCUAAACGAUCAUUGUUUUGCAGGUACACUAAUUUAUUUUAUACCUAUGGCCGUUGUUUGUGCCCUUCCAUGUCAUCCAAAAUCACAUAUAUCCAUUACUUAUGUCUCGCUUAAGAGGUUGUGGUUUUGUUCGUGAGGCAUUCUUCAAGUGCUCAAAAUUUCCAUGUUUUCAUAUCUAAAUAUAUAUUUUUUCAAACAUUGUUUCUUUUGCUUUAAUGAAUGAUUCCAAUAAAUACUAUAAACCCAA